GGGUUAUAUUAAUCAUAUGCUUGAAUUAUUUUUUGAAAAAUUCGCUUUUUCUGGGCUGAGAGAUGUGGUGGAUUGGGAAGCUUGUGUUAAUUCGAUUUCAUUUGAUUUCAAGGAUUUUGUGGGAAGUGCCAACAAUGAACAAUCUGACCACAUUGAUACUUGUGGAGUUAAUCUUACAAUUACUUAAUUUUAUGGUUACAAAUGGUCUCUCUCAAUGAUCAUUUUAACUUUUGGAACAUUAUAUAUCUAAUAAUUGUUCAACUCUUGAUGUUUAUGCUUAUGAAGAUUGAAGAGUGUCUGUCUCUAUACAUAAUCAUGUAAUUAUGAAACAUUGAGAUUUGGGACACAUUGAAGAUAGAAUUGUCUGAAUCGUGGUGGAAGCAUGUCCAACCAACAGAAGAAGUUUGCAUUGAACAGUGACCAGUAUCCACUAAUUCCUAAUAGAUAUUUUUUUUCUUUUCUUUUCUUUUCGGAAACCUCUAACUGAAAUAGUCAUUCGCUUGAUUCGGUUCAGUUUCUGAACCUAAUUCAGUUUGGAUUGGUCGGUGUACUGUCAAUUCGGUAAUUUUAGUUAGUUUUUAGGUCAAAACUGACUAAAAUAACCAAAUGCUCACCCCCAAGCAGCUAGUCUAGAUAUAUUUUUCUUUCAUCUUCUCUAGAUUGAAAACUUGAGUUCUAUUCCAGGAGCCAGGAGGAAAUGAGUAAUGGAGGAAUCAUCUCUGCUGAACAAGAUGCUGCUUAAUCUUCGCGCAACGUGCAAGUACUAUACUGGCUAUCCAAAGGAUCUAGGACCAUCAAGAGUUCUUCAUUUUACUUCAGAGCGUGAAUUUGUACAGCUUCUUCACCAAGGUCACCCUGUGGUUGUUGCAUUUACCAUAAAAUGUAACCUCACCAAACGUCUUGAUAGAGUACUGGAAGAAGCUGCCGCAGAGUUCCAUCCUCAUGUCAAAUUUAUGCGUGUUGAGUGCCCAAAAUAUCCUGGAUUCUGCAUAACUCGCCAGAAGACGGAAUAUCCCUUUAUAGAAAUAUUCCAUAGUCCAGAACAGGCAGCUAAUCAAGUGAAGGCUGUUGAUCCAAAUAUCACAAAAUACUCUGUUAGAGUUUUACCUUUCAACUACGAUGUCAGUGCCUAUGGAUUCAGAGAGUAUUUCAAGCGCAACAAGAUAAAGUUUUCCGACUGAAAUGUAUGGAUGUCAAUCUCUAUCACUCUGAGAAUGCAGAAUAUCUCUGAUUGUUGGUUUAACAUGGCAAAAAAUAACUACUUCCACUGUUCUUGAGUCUGUAGUUCAUGUCUAUUUGUGGAUCUCUCUUGGGAGUAAGUAUCUAGUGGAAAAUUUAUCCAACAAAAUUAGUAAUAUAUGAUGCAUGUUUAAGAUAUUACUGGAUGUAUACAGAUUGGCUAUAUUGAACGUAUGGAAAAUAAUGAUUGAGUAGGGAGGUAUUUUUGACUCA